UCAGCUACAGGUAACUGUUAGCAUCCGACGAGCUAACAGGUUUCCCUAACGUGUUUUGGCUGCUUGUCAUUGGAGAAGGGAAAUAUGAGAGGUUUGGAAAUGCACGGGAGAUGAAGCCGGCAUGUCCAGGGAAAUGGAUUUCAAACGGAACAGCCUCUGAAGAAGAGGAUAAGCUAACGUAAAGAAACCAGGAAGUGUUGUCGAAGCUCCCAGCAGCUGCACACACAAUGAGUGCCAAGUAUGGCCUGGUGGGCUACAACAGUUCACGGAAGCACAUUUCAAUCUCCAUACCGUCGUCCACGGAGGUGAUGUCACCACACAUAAAGUCCGUGGAGGAACUGAGGGUCCUGGGAAUCAACCUGAGCAGCUUCAGUGCCCCAACACAGUUCUUCAUUUGUGUGGCUGGAGUCUUCCUCUUUUACCUCAUAUAUGGAUAUCUGCAGGAGCUGAUAUUUUCCGUAGAGGGAUUCAAGCCUUUUGGUUGGUACCUCACUUUGGUCCAGUUUGGCUUCUACUCCAUGUUUGGACUGGUAGAACUUCAGCUCACACAGGACAAACGCAGAAGGAUACCAGGGAAGACCUAUAUGAUCAUAGCAUUCCUAACGGUGGGCACCAUGGGCCUGUCUAAUACCUCUCUGGGCUACUUGAACUACCCAACACAGGUCAUCUUCAAGUGCUGUAAACUCAUCCCUGUCAUGAUCGGAGGAGUGUUUAUACAAGGUAAACGCUAUAAUGUGGCUGAUGUGUCAGCUGCUCUCUGCAUGAGUCUGGGACUUAUCUGGUUUACGCUCGCUGACAGCAAAGUGGCCCCCUCCUUCAAUGUUACAGGUGUUCUUCUGAUUUCCCUGGCGCUGUGUGCAGACGCUGCCAUCGGAAACGUGCAGGAGAAAGCCAUGAAACUCCAUAAUGGCUCCAACUCUGAAAUGGUGCUGUACUCGUACUCCAUUGGUUUUAUCUACAUACUGACAGGUCUGCUCUGUUUGGGUGGGCUGGGACCAGCCGUAGCGUUCUGCUCAGAGCAUCCUGUGAAGACAUACGGUUACGCAUUCUUCUUCUCUCUUACGGGUUAUUUCGGCAUCUCCUUCGUGCUGGCCUUGAUCAAGCUCUUUGGCGCCCUGGUUGCAGUGACAGUAACCACCGGGCGAAAGGCCAUGACUAUCGUACUUUCCUUCAUGUUCUUCGCAAAACCUUUCACUUUCCAGUACAUUUGGGGCGGCCUUCUGGUGCUCUUUGGCAUCUUCUUGAAUGUUUACAGUAAAAACAGAGACAAAAUGAAGCUGCCUUCCUUCAACGACCUCAGGAGCUGGCUGCUGACAGGAAAGAAAGUCCGAUUUCUCUCACAAAACGUAUAGGAGGCACCCAUGGGCGUAGUUGGAAGUCCUGUGCAGGCACACUGUAUGUCUCUUCAGAUGUGUAGAGUUCAGAGGCCCUCCUGUCUCAGGAGAUAUGCUGAAGCAUGUGCCCCGGCUAUGGGCCUCAUCACCAUCGACUUUGAGCCAAGGAUGGGUAUACAGGGUCUGACUGCCAAUCAGCCUCACAAACGGCUGAAACACACUACAAUGGAUGAUGAAGUCACUGUUUCCUGUCUCCCACGCAACCAGUACACCAAAGGUGUAAUUCUGAUGGAAAACUGAAAUAAUCCAAACUAUCUGCAGCAAACUGAAGGAACUUUAUCUAUUUUUUAAAAAGAUGAUCAAGGCUAGUGGGUCAUUUUAAAGCAUUGUUACCAAGCCCCACAGAAACAUUCCCAACCUGGAGGGCCACCACCAAGGACUUAAAAAACUCUCUAAAGGGAAGCCAGCGCCUUAGCUAACCAAAUCGCACAGUUUUGCACUGGAAAAGACUUGUACACUUAAACCCUUCAGUGGUUUGAAAAGCUGAAAUGUUGGAAGGAAAGAGUACAGAACAACGUGUCAUGUCUGAGAUGAAUGUUUGUCCCCUACAUUAAUAAAAAAAAAAAUAUUGAUAAAAAGGCAUAUUUGCCACUGCAUGUGCCAGAAAGACAGAAGAUAAAAACGGAUUUACAUAAUUAUUGUCUUGAUGAAAGUGACUCUUUUUUCAUCGUUUAUUGGUAAUUAUUAACUGACUGUGCCCUAAAUCAUGAAAAUGUGUGAUCAUAUGGGGAUAUUUUGGAGAAGAAGGAGUUAUUUGCUCCACUGUACAUCAACAAUUCAACAUCAACUGCCAUAAUUUGCAAACCAUGUGUUUGGGUGAAAGGGUACCGCUCUUUUUACAAUAAAACAAAACAUGUUG